AUGCAGGUUAUAGAGAUCACGUUGAGAUCUACACCUCUUCACCCUCACAACCACACCAUCACAAAGCAUCACCACCCUUUACCUCCACAAACACACCUCUUCACCCCCACAACCACUCCUUCACAAAGCACAACCAUCCCUCACCUCCACAAACACACUUCACCCCCACAACCACACCAUCACAAAGCACCAUCACUCCUCACCUCCACAAACACACUUCUUCACCCCCACAACCACUCCUUCACAAAGCACCACCAUCCCUCACCUCCACAAACACACCUCUUCACCCCCACAACCACACCAUCACAAAGCACCAUCACUCCUCACCUCCAAAAACACACCUCUUCACUCCCACAACCACACCAUCACAAAGCACCACCAUUCCUCACCUCGACAAACACACCUCUUCACCCCCACAACCACUCCUUCACAAAGCACCACCACCCUUUACCUCCACAAAACACACCCCUUCACCCCCACAACCACUCCAUCACAAAGCACCACCACUCCUCACCUCAACAAACACACCUCUUCACCCCACAACCACACCAUCACAAAGCACCACCAUCCCUCACCUCAACAAACACACCUCUUCACCCCCACAACCACACCAUCACAAAGCACCGCCAUCUCUCACCUCAACAAACACACCUCUUCACCCCCACAACCACACCAUCACAAAGCACCACCACUCCUCACCUCCACAAACACACCUCCUCACCCCCACAACCAAUCCUUCACAAAGCACCACCACUCCUCAUCUCCACAAACACACCUCUUCACCCCCACAACCACACCAUCACAAAGCACCGCCAUCUCUCACCUCCACAAACACACCUCUUCACCCCCACAACCACUCCUUCACAAAGCACCACCAUCCCUCACCUCCACAAACACACCUCUUCACCCCCACAACCACUCCUUCACAAAGCACCACCAUCCCUCACCUCCACAAACACACCUCUUCACCCCCACAACCACACCAUCACAAAGCACCAUCACUCCUCACCUCCACAAACACACUUCUUCACCCCCACAACCACUCCUUCACAAAGCACCACCAUCCCUCACCUCCACAAACACACCUCUUCACCCCCACAACCACACCAUCACAAAGCACCGCCAUCUCUCACCUCCACAAACACACCUCUUCACCCCCACAACCACUCCUUCACAAAGCACCACCAUCCCUCACCUCCACAAACACACCUCUUCACCCCCACAACCACACCAUCACAAAGCACCAUCACUCCUCACCUCCACAAACACACUUCUUCACCCCCACAACCACUCCUUCACAAAGCACCACCAUCCCUCACCUCCACAAACACACCUCUUCACCCCCACAACCACUCCUUCACAAAGCACCACCAUCCCUCACCUCCACAAACACACCUCUUCACCCCCACAACCACACCAUCACAAAGCACCAUCACUCCUCACCUCCACAAACACACUUCUUCACCCCCACAACCACUCCUUCACAAAGCACCACCAUCCCUCACCUCCACAAACACACCUCUUCACCCCCACAACCACACCAUCACAAAGCACCAUCACUCCUCACCUCCACAAACACACCUCUUCACUCCCACAACCACACCAUCACAAAGCACCACCAUUCCUCACCUCAACAAACACACCUUUUCACCCCCACAACCACUCCUUCACAAAGCACCACCACCCUUUACCUCCACAAACACACCUCUUCACCCCCACAACCACACCAUCACAAAGCACCAUCACUCCUCACCUCCACAAACACACCUCUUCACCCCCACAACCACACCAUCACAAAGCACCACCAUUCCUCACCUCGACAAACACACCUCUUCACCCCCACAACCACUCCUUCACAAAGCACCACCACCCUUUACCUCCACAAACACACCUCUUCACCCCCACAACCACUCCGUCACAAAGCACCACCACUCCUCACCUCAACAAACACACCUCUUCACCCCACAACCACACCAUCACAAAGCACCACCACCCCUCACCUCAACAAACACAUCUCUUCACCCCCACAACCACACCAUCACAAAGCACCGCCAUCUCUCACCUCAACAUACGCACCUCUUCACCCCCACAACCACACCAUCACAAAGCACCACCACCCCUCACCUCAACAAACACACCUCUUCACCCCCACAACCACACCAUCACAAAGCACCGCCAUCUCUCACCUCAACAUACGCACCUCUUCACCCCCACAACCACACCAUCACAAAGCACCGCCAUCUCUCACCUCAACAAACACACCUCUUCACCCCCACAACCACUCCUUCACAAAGCACCACAACCCCUCACCUCCACAAACACACCUCCUCACCCCCACAACCAAUCCCUCACAAAGCACCACCACUCCUCAUCUCCACAAACACGCCUCCUCACCCCCACAACCAAUCCUUCACAAAGCACCACCACUCCUCACCUCCACAAACACACCUCUUCAGCCCCACAACCACACCAUCACAAAGCACCACCAUUCCUCUCCUCAACAAACACACCUCUUCACCCCCACAACCACUCCUUCACAAAGCACCACCACUCCUCUCCUCAACAAACACACCUCUUCACCCUCACAACCACUCCUUCACAAAGCACCACCACUCCUCUCCUCAACAAACGCACCUCUUCACCCCCCACAACCACUCCUUCACAAAGCACCACCACUCCUCAUCUCCACAAACACACCUCUUCACCCCCACAACCACACCAUCACAAAGCACCACCACUCCUCAUCUCCACAUACACACCUCUUCACCCCCACAACCACACCAUCACAAAGCACCGCCAUCUCUCACCUCAACAAACACACCUCUUCACCCCCACAACCACACCAUCACAAAGCACCACCACUCCUCACCUCCACAAACACACCUCUUCACCCCCACAACCACACCAUCACAAAGCACCGCCAUCUCUCACCUCAACAAACACACCGCUUCACCCCCACAACCACUCCUUGACAAAGCACCACCAUUCCUCUCCUCCACAAACACACCGCUUCACCCCCACAACCACACCAUCACAAAGCACCACCACUCCUCACCUCCACAAACACACCUCCUCACCCCCACAACCACACCAUCACAAAGCACCGCCAUCUCUCACCUCAACAAACACACCUCUUCAUCCCCACAACCACUUCUUCACAAAGCACCACCACUCCUCUCCUCAACAAACACACCUCUUCACCCCCACAACCACUCCUUCACAAAGCACCACCACUCCUCACCUCCACAAACACAUCUCUUCACCCCCACAACCACUCCUUCACAAAGCACCACCACUCCUCACCUCAACAAACACACCUCUUCACCCCACAACCACACCAUCACAAAGCACCACCACUCCUCACCUCCACAAACACACCUCCUCACCCCCACAACCACACCAUCACAAAGCACCACCACUCCUCACCUCCACAAACACACCUCCAGGGCUUACUUAACGAAGUCAUGUGUAUACUUCUAUGAAGCGGCAGCGCUGCAGCCCGGACUUCCACGAUCUGACCAGCAGACCCAUCCCCAGCAGCAGCAGCAGCAGCAGCAACGACACCGGUACUACGUGAAGAAGAAAAAGUGGAAGAUUCGAUGUUUAGUCGUCCUUCUGGGCAAGGCCAACCUCAAAGGCUGCGAGAACCAGGUCAGACAUUACCAUCGAGCUUAUCUGGAGCCCAGGCAUUUCCGCGUUGUUCCUCUCCGUGCACUGGACAGGGUCGUGAGCCUAUUCGACGUGGACAUUCAAGUGUACCAACUCGUCCCCAUGGAGAACUUUUACCCAACCCAACUCCUCCAUCGAAGUCCGCAGCGCUAUGAUUUUAGCUACAUCAAGGACCUUGCUCGUUAG